AAAACAGACAUCAGUGAGGUCACAAAGACCUUUUUAACCUACAGUUGCCACCAAGUGCCCCCUGCUGUGAAGUAGCUGAAUGACGCUGCUUCCUUUAUAUCCUUUGUCUAUGGAGACCAGCAAAGGGGUGCCGUCAUCUCUAAUCGACGUCUCCAGGAAAUGACGACAUCGAGGAGCGAACGUCUGAUUUCUCCAAACAUUCGUCUGACAGUUCCCCCUCGCCGCUGACUCGUUUGUUGUUCUCGUCGAUCCCUUGAUGGGAUGCCUAGCUGGGAGAUCCUGACAUGUGAACAAAGGGGCGAGGACCGAGGACCGGGGAGGUUGUAAAUCGAGAAAGGAUCGAAGAGAUUGCGACAAGGAAUGACAUUUUGGUGUUUUUAUGCCAUCGCUCCGCUUUGCCACAUACAACAUGGCAGCGACGUUGACGUACGACUCAGCGGAGACUGGAUAUAAAUAAUCAAAAUCGUCCUCGACCGUUUUAUAAGAGGUUUUUAAAAAAUAAGGGAAUUAUCUAAUUAUAAUUGUAAUUACUUCGUUUUAACUGAUUGAUCGGAUCGAUGUUAACAUUUUGUAGCUUAUCGGUUUAAUGAGAAACUAGUAUGUUGCCCCCCCUCCCCGCCCCCAUGUCCCUUUCGGGGCUCCGUAUUAAUGUUAUCAUGUUAGUUAGAUUCUUACAAUGCUUGAUAUAAAAUUAUUUUGACAUAUCUUAUGUAUGGUAACCCAUACUAACGCAUUAUAUUUUACCUUUUUUUUUUAAAUUCUGUUGACUUCUUAUGAAUCAUAUGAAGAGUUCUGUGCAAAGAACAUCUAAAAUUGAGUUUUAAUGAGAAUGAUGGGCAUCUUUUUCUCUGCCUUGAGUUUAUAGGCUUUGGGGUUAUUCAAAUGUCAGACAUCAUAAACCUAUCAGUCCUCAACUGAACAUGAUCAGCUUUUGUAAAUCCUUGAGUACGCCAGUCAGACGUUAUUUUCUGGCUUUGUGUCUUAACAAAGCAAUAUUAGUGGGAUAUUAGCAUACCGGUAUCAGAAAUUGUCCCAAGCCCUUCCAUGACAUGUUGUACAACGCAUCCAGGCAAAUGACUAAAUCAUGGCAGAUUAUUUUUUUGACUGCUGUACCUUUUGCAAUUUCAUGUCAAUAUAUCAGCAAAUGAUUGCAGAUCCCAAAUUGCAGCGGGAACAAAGUUGAUAUACUCGUCGUCUGAUUUUUGUCGAUGAGUGGGGAGUUAUUUUAUACUGAUACAGUAAUAAGAUUAGUAGUCUAAUCCCAGAGGAGGCAGGAAUAGCCCAACACCAUCCCACUCCAGACUCCGAAUAGGACGAAGAACCAGAGCAACCUGCCUUUUUUUUUUUUUUUGCGCAGCCUGCGUCUUUCCUACUUUUUCCAAGCUGUUCCACUUUCUGUUAUUCCUGCACUGGACUUUGCAUUCUGAUGAAGUAGACGUUUCGAGGGACCGCAAUAUCCAAGUGGAUAGACAACGCCACACUGACACAGAGAGAUAAUCUGAGGCAAAUCAAAUCAACCGAGGCCAAAGGAUUGACUUCCCACAGAUCCAAAGAGAGCGCAAUAACGUCAGAGCUCGGGAGCCUGAUGUCACGUAUUUUGGCAACUGUGGGACAUUUGAUCCCUGAGAUGGUGCUCACCUGAGAAUUACUUACAGGGUGUGCUAUGAUUGACGGGAGAUUCACAUGGCACUCCAUGAAAGGUCCCACGGGGGUGCUCUGAUGGAAUUCAUCAGAGCCCCCAGGGCAAAUUACACCAUAAUUGGAGAGGCCAUUCGUUAUGUCAUCCCGGCACAUAUGCAAUGUUCUAUCGGCUGUGGUGGUCAAGGCUGCAAGUACGACAACCCCAAUUUCUGGCGCGAUGACCAACAGGCGAUUAAAGGCCUCUAUUCAUCAUGGGUGACCGAUCAUCUUCUUGCGAUGUCCAGACCCUCGACUGAGAUCAUUGAAAAGUAUAACAUUAUUGAGCAAUUCAGAAGGAAUGGCAUCAAAACGGUGAUCAACCUACAGAUACCCGGGGAACAUGCCAGCUGUGGGAACCCUCUGGAGCCAGAGAGUGGUUUCUCCUACAAUCCAGAGGCCUUUAUGGAAAAUAACAUUUAUUUCUACAACUUUGGUUGGAGUGACUACGGAGUGGCCAACCUUACUACCGUUCUGGACAUUGUGAAAGUUAUGGCCUUCGCGGUACAGGAGGGGAAAAUAGCCGUGCACUGUCACGCAGGUCUUGGGAGAACAGGUGUGCUAUUGGCUUGUUUUUUGGCAUAUGCCACCAGGAUGACAGCCAAUCAAGCUAUCUUAUACGUUAGGGCUAAACGCCCUGGUUCCAUCCAGACGCGCAGUCAGCUAAGCUGCGUCCGUGAGUUCGUCCAGUUCCUCGCGCCUUUGAGGAGCGUCUUUUCUUGCGCUGAGCCUCGAUCUCAACCCGUCACCUUGACCCAGUACCUCAACCGCCAGAGACACAUCCUACACGGCCUUGAGCGUAAAGAACUGAGGUACCUGCCAAAGAUUGUCCAACUUGUGUCCCGGCUGCUGUUGGAUAUUGCGGAAAAUCGACAAGUGAUCGAGGAGGACAUCCUGGAGGCGCCGGACAUCCACGAUAUCGAGAUGACCCUCAGCAUCAUUGAAAAGCUGGGACCUCAAUUUUGCACAAAAGAACCUCGCUUGCCAGGUUCCCCUACCUUACCAAGACAUUUUCACGAACCACCCAUCUUCUACCAUCGCAAGAGUCUUAGUUACAGCGAGUCCGAUUUAAGACGUCUGGGCUCGCAGCUCAACCUCCUUACACAACCCAUGGGCUCCCUCUCACAGGGCAAUAUGGCCAGGCCUGCUUCGCCAUCUGACUCCGGUCAACCUGCGGUCCAGUGGAAGAGUUGGAAUAGUAACAGGUCCGACAUCUCCCAAAGCUCCACGGGAUCGCUCUGGCAAGUAAAGAACGAGGAAAAGGAUGGAUCCAUCUUGGUGAAAAAAGUCAAGCAGAUACCCAUCCAACGCAGCGAGUCUGUUGGACACAAUGGCCCGCUCCAAAAAGGUAGCAUGCUUUCCAGAUUGAAGGCAGAGCAGAGGGAUGAGCUGGCAGAAAACAGGCGGAAGUUCCCGUGUCGAGAUGAGGACCAGUCGGAUGUGCCGUACAUUACCCUGCAGUCUGAACUAUCUUUGGAAGCCAGGAGGCUGCUGGUGGCACAGGCCCUGGCAGUUGACCUUUUCCUGGAUGGGGCGCCAGAGCACAGGGACAAAGUGUUAACAUGGCAGGCUGAGCUGAAUCAAGGUGGUGCCUGGGAAAGGCUGUGCAUGGAGCGGGAUCCCUUCAUCCUCACAGGUCUGAUGUGGGCAUGGUUGGAGCAGCUCAAAGAGCCGGUCAUCUCCCUUCAGGAUGCCGUCGCCUUGAAGCUGGAAAAUACUGAUGCUCAAAGGGUCCUCAACAUACUGGGCCAGGCACCCAAAGAAACGUUAACGUGCAUACUAGACUGUAUGGCUCAGUUGCUGGCGGUACCACCGGAGGUUGAACACGCAUUUCUGAAUCGAGCUAUCAAGGCUUUUACUUGGAUGGAAAGCAGUUCCGACAAUGGAAGCCAAGUGUAUGAGUGCGUGACUGGAGUCUUACGGUGUGUCCUUGAGGACUUGAGAUGCGUCGCUACCAAAGCAGAAGAACCGACAAAGUCUCCUUUACCUUUAGUGUAGAUACUACAUGGGAAAACAUGGAGGGGACACUUUGUGCCUUAUGAUGACAAUAUUUAUUCACUUAUGACUAAUGUUUUGAGAUGUAUACAAAUAGUGAUAUGGACUUUCUUAGCAUCCCCCUCACACACAGACACACACAAGUUAACAAAGAAGUUUUCUUAUGCAAUGUUUUGCCUUAAGACUGGUCAUAUUUAGCUCCAAAACUAGUCAAGUACAGAAAUACCUGCAUAGGUUUCUUGUGGUGCACAUUACGGUACAUCAUUUUAAUGCCUUUAAAGGUAACAUCUUUUUGUAAAUAAACCACUUCAUAUCAA